AUGCCGACCACAAGAAGUCAGACCAAGCCGUCCGAUACCAGCCGAAUACCAGAUAUCGACCGAACUCGCAGCCAGGGAGUUCCUAGUCCUAUAAUCGAAUGGCUGGACUUGGACUUUUCUGAGACGUCACCUAUAAAGCAAAUGAACUGGAGAAAUUCUCUGAAUGAGAUUCAAGGGUUCGAGGGAUGUCGCCACAUCACUUUCGCAUGCCCCUUCGAACUGCCCUAUAGGCUAUGGAUUAUCAUUCAGUGGUUGUCAGAAAUACACCGAAAUGACUUCUACGGAACAGGCAGAAUUGCUGGCAACGCUAAAACGACUCUUUACCAAUAUAGCGAUAAUGUCUAUUCCAUUUAUCGAGUUGACUACUGUAUUGGCAAGAUGAUACACGCGGGCUUCCCUAUGUAUCCCGAUCUAAGACAAAUCCACGAAGUCUGGAUGGUUUACUUUCCUAUCUACACACUGGACUCUGAAAAGAAGCGAGAGCGUCAGCUACCUAUCCUAUUGAAUUUCUAUGGGAGAGAUGAAGAGCCUUCUAAUCCGAUGUCCGGGAUUCUUAGUCACAACAUCGCCUGGCUAUCGGGGAGAUCAAUUACCAAGGGGUGCAAUGUCAACGCCUCGCAUGGUUUAUGGAGUGGAAAUCUAAGGAGGCGGAAGAGCUCUACAAGACGACCGUACGAUGGGUGA